AUGUUGUCUCGGGUGUUACGUCGUCAGUUUGGCCUCAGCCGCCAGCUCCUCGCUGCCCAGGUGUUCAAAAUGCCCGCCAUGUCCCCCACCAUGACUGAGGGGGGUAUUGUCAACUGGAAGGUGGCUCCCGGUGACAAAUUCAAUGCCGGCGACGUGUUGUUGGAAGUGGAAACCGAUAAGGCCACCAUUGACGUCGAAGCCUCCGAUGAUGGCCAGAUGUUCGAAAUCUUGAAGAAAGACGGCGAUAAGGGCAUCCCUGUCGGUGAGCCGAUUGCAUUUUUGGCGGAACCGGAAGACGACUUGUCGACCUUAGAAAAGCCCGAAGUGGAACACGUCCAGACGCUGCUGCCAGCAAAGGAAGAACCGGCGAAGCUGGAGCCCGCUAAGCUGGAAUCGGCUCCUAAACUGGAAUCUAAGUCUUCAAAACUGCAAAAUGACUCUAACGGGUCUAAGGUCGUGCAAAAGGCUAACCCCAAGCAAACUUUGUUGCCCUCCGUCGAAGGGCUUCUCGUGCAAAACAAUAUUACUCACGACCAGGCCUUGGAGCUGAUCCCUGCCACUGGUCCCAAUGGCCGUAUCCUUAAGGGUGACGUGUUGGCUUACUUGGGUUUGAUCCCGAAGGAUGCUCCCGCUCAAAUCGCCGAGUACGUGGCGCUGAAGGAACACUUGGACUUGUCCAACAUCGUGCCGGCGCAAGCUAAGGACGCCAAGUCUGGCAGCGAAACCUCCACCACUGGUCCCACCACUGCCGAAGAGGCCAAGGGGGGUGCCAAGCUGGCUCCUGCGCCUCCUAAGCCCCUUAACAAGCUUAGAUUCUCUUUCAAGGCCGGUUUGGGCGAAGCCACCCCGGCCGAAUUCGAAUACCAAGUCAGCAAUGCUAUCAACAGAGCUAAAGUGGUGGCCUACUCCACUGAGUUCCCAGAAUACGUCACUUUUGGCCCCAUUGGCUCCACUCCCGCCUCUGCCGAUGCCAUUUUCGACGAGUUAUUGAUCCCCGCUCCCACUGUGGACCGGUUUAAGGUGCAACAAGUGUCGAUUGACUUUGUUAAGCCUACUGCGGCGGCGGCGGUGGCGCCUUCGCGCGCGGCCCCGGUGUCGUUGUUCGACGAACUCGUGCUGUCACCAGUGGCUACGAGAAUCGCUCCUCCCACCGUGGCCACCGAACUCUCGGCCAAGGUGUCGUUCACCAUCCAAUUUGACGAGAAGUUGAUCGACUCGAAGAAGUUGGUGGACGCGUUUGCCAACUCUGUCAUCGACCAAGUGGUGGCCUCCGACAUCAUUGUCGAACAGCUUUCGGCGUAA